GCAGCUACGGAUUCUCAAACCACACUACUCAUCAUCAUCAACCAAUCAACCAAUACUACCAAAGCAGCUAGCCGUACGUACAACAAGCUAGCUCUAGCUCCACACCGAAAUUAAGGCCGGACAGCUUAAUCGCAACCAAAAGAUCGAGCAAUGUCGUCGUCGUCGUCGUCGCGAGCCCUAGCGCUCGUCUCGCUCGCCCUCCUGGUCGUCUCUCCCUUCCUCGCCCACGCACAGACGCCGGCGGCCGACGACGUCUGCGCCGGCCUGGCCACGGACGACGCCUGCCACAACGUCCCCAAGGCGCUGCGCCUCAAGCUCAUCGGCAUCCCCACCAUCCUCGUCGCCAGCGUCAUCGGCGUCUGCCUGCCGCUCUUCGCCAAGUCCGUGCCGGCGCUCCAGCCCGACCGCAACCUCUUCUACGUCGUCAAGGCCUUCGCGUCCGGCGUCAUCCUCUCCACCGGCUACAUGCACGUGCUGCCGGACUCCUUCAACAACCUCAACUCGCCCUGCCUCCCGGAGACGCCGUGGCGGCAGUUCCCCUUCACCACCUUCGUCGCCAUGCUCGCCGCCGUCUUCACGCUCAUGGUCGACUCCCUCAUGCUUACCUUCUACAACCGCAAGAAGAAGGGCCACGACGCCGGGGCUCCCGUUCCCACCACCAGCAGCAGCAGCGCCGCCGUCGCCAACCUCGAGAGCCCGGAGCCGGAGGCGCACUGGCACAGCCACGGCCACGGCACGGCGUUGGCCAGGCCCGGCGACACCGAGGCCGGCCAGAUGCAGCUCCGCCGGAACCGCGUCGUCGUUCAGGUUCUGGAGAUGGGCAUCGUGGUGCACUCGGUGGUGAUCGGGCUGGGCAUGGGGGCGUCGCAGAGCGUGUGCACCAUCCGGCCGCUGGUGGCGGCCAUGUGCUUCCACCAGAUGUUUGAGGGGAUGGGCCUCGGCGGCUGCAUCCUCCAGGCCGAGUACGGCACCAAGAUGAAGGCCGGCCUCGUCUUCUUCUUCUCCACCACCACGCCAUUCGGGAUCGCGCUCGGCCUCGCGCUCACCAAGGUCUACAAGGACAACAGCCCCACCGCGCUCAUCGUCGUCGGCAUCCUCAACGCCGCCUCCGCGGGCCUGCUGCACUACAUGGCCCUCGUUGAGCUCCUCGCCGCCGACUUCAUGGGGCCCAAGCUGCAGAGCAGCGUCAGGCUCCAGCUCAUCUGCCUCACCGCCGUCCUCCUCGGCGCCGGCGGCAUGUCCGUCAUGGCCAAAUGGGCGUGAUCGACCUAGCAAGCACCUCACUAUACUUUAUGGUUGAUGAGGGUGUGUCUUGUGUCUAUCAGUCUAUGCAUUGCUCUCUAGUCCCUAGAAUAGUAAUUAAGCUUGCUUGAUCGUUCUCCUCUGCUAGCAUCACGUACUACUCCUACAUUGUAGCAACCCUAUUGUUGGUGUCCACUGGAUCACGAUGUACUGUUGUACUAUUAUGUGUAAAGAUGUCAUGGUGUUCUGGUCA